UCACACAUUCCCCGACACACAGCCACAGCAUCGAUACGGAGCCACAGUGACAACAAGCCCCUGACAGACAACCGCCCCCUCCCCCAGGGAGAUGCUGUCUAAUCUGACUGUCAGCUUCGCCUCCACUUGGGGAGGGCCACAUGUAGCCGACAAACCUGGAGACAGAACCUCCCUGUUCCUCCACCUGUUGGACAUACAGCGCUUCCUCAACAAGAAAUUCAUCCUCCACAGGUUCGUUUACAUCACACAAUACAACUCGGCUAAUACAAAUCGCAGGAAGGUCUCAGAUUAUUAUGAAACGCUGUUUCACAGGAUUCAGGCAGAGCACCAGGAGGAGACGUUGACAGGGUUAAUGCUGCUGCACCCGACAUGUGCUGUCCACCUGCUCGAGUCUUCCACAGAUAGGCUGUACGCCGUGAUCCGGGAUCUCGCCAGGACAUCGGAGGGCGACCAAGCAACCAUGAAAAAUACCAAGAUUCUGGUUCUGUCACACAACAUCCCGAGUCGCCUGUUUCAGCAAUGGCACGGGCGUAUCAUUAACCUGCCCGUCACCCUGUUGAUGGACAACAUAGAGCAGGAGCCGAUGGACAAGCUGGUCCCCGAAUGCCUCAGCCUCCUGCUCAAACUCGGAGUCCACCUCCUGGCAAACCCAAAGAAAGCCAUCAUUGGGAUGAAUGACUCUGUGGCCGAGGAGGUCAGACACCUGAUCAUUAAGGAAAACACCAUCAACUACCUG